AUGACCACACGAAAACGAAGUAAUUCACUUAUUCCUAUCGAAUUUCGUAACGAUACGAGUGAUGGUGGUAUGGAAAGGGCUGCCCUAGCCACUGUAUUUGGUGUGCCAGAAUAUACAGAAUCCAAGAUUUUUUGGAAUGCAGACGAGGAUGAAGACCUAUCCUCAUUAAGUUCUGGCUUUAGGCCGGUCCAAAGAAAUGCCAGCAAAAAAAGUUACACGAGUACCAAGAGUAACACGAUGAUGAUACAACCUAAACAACAACAAGAGACGUAUGUUUCUCAUCAAAGAUCCUUGCCUACGAUUCCUGUUGUGAGUGAAUUUGGUGAUAUCUGGUCAGAAACAAACCAAAAAGAACAAACAAAGCAAGAUGAAGCCAUGAUACAACCACCAGCAGAUCUUUCGGAUUACCCUUUAACUAUCUUUGAUUUAGUCGAGUCUGAUCAUGAUCAAAGCAUUAUUUUAUGGGGCACCCAACAGCAAACAACGGUGCCUUCAAACGCACCUUCUUCCCAUGAACAAAAAAAGCCAUCCCAUCCUCAUGCACAUAAACUUACAUGGUCUACAGCACAACACCUUUUAUCCACAAGUCUCAAAUUAAAGAAGAAAUCGAUGAGUACGCAACAGUUACCUAUACAAGUGUCGGAGGUGUCUCAAGUGAUUGAGGCUGCAACGAUUGAGAAAUUGAUUGAAAAACUCACUAUUUCACUUGACUAUACUUUUAUGACCGAUUUUUUUUUGAUUUUCCGAGUGUUUAUGACACCUGUUCAGUUGUGCAAACUAUUGAUCCUGAGGACUAACAAAAAAGAUACCUAUAGAACAUUUGUUGUGAUGCGACACUGGUUAUUGAAUUAUUUCUUACAUGAUUUUGUGCCAAGUAAAGAACUUCGUACUAUCCUUACAAAUUUCUUGAACGAAACACCUUUUCAUCCUACAGUGAAGCAAUCACCCAGAGAUCAGCGUAUUAUUAAAGGACUGAAGCGCGUUGUGCGUCGACUUAAAAAAAUUUAUUAUGCUUCUUCUUCUUCUACCCGAGUACAAGUCAUUGGCCCUCCUCCUCCUACUUAUGAACAAGAGCGUGUGAAUGCGAUGGUAAAAGAGAAGCUGGCGCACAACAGUAUACGCCAAAAAACUCUUGAUGUGGUGACAGGUGUCCAUGUGGAUGCACGCCAUAGUAAUAAUACAGCUGUUCGAGAUAAACAUGCAGCUCAAGUCGUGGUGAUUGGAAACUAUCCUUCCUCUUCCUCUACAAAAACAUCCCAUACUUUUCUUGACAGUAGUCGCCAUCGUCGUCGUGGAUCUUCUGUCUCUUCCUCUGUCAGUAACAAUAUCAGCGUAGACAGCUCUGCACCUACCAACAUGUAUAAUCUUGAUGACAGUAACAACAGUGCCACUAAAGAAUGGAACAAUAUCAAGCAAAAAGGACAAUGGGGCAAUAAAAGUCAAGAUUUUGACUCUAGUCGACUCUCAGAUAACUCUCUAGAGAGCUUGAUUAGUCCAGGCACAUCUGAUAUAUCUGAAUACGAAGAUGAAGAUGACGAGGAGGAUGCAGCUAGUUUAUCACAAGCAAGUUUUCAACAAAAUACCAACCAUGUGCCAACAAGUGAAUUAACUGAAAAACUGGAAAAGAUUCGCCAUGAACAAGAUUUGAAUAAGCAGUUUCCACCUAAAGCAUUUUACAAUGCACAACUGGCUAUUCCUUCCACGACAUCUACGCCUGACGUUUAUUAUCCUACAAGUCAUUAUUUCAAUAGCAAGCCAGAAGUUAACACAUCUUUUGUAAGAAGCAACAGUGAUCCUACGGGCAGUGAAAUUAUGCAUACCAAUCAACAAGAAACUAACUUGCAACUAUUACAACAAAAGCCGAUGAGAAAUAAACCAGUGGAUCCCCGAACAAAACCAUUACCACCUUUGGCAUUAUCCUCAAGUCAAGAAAGUGAUAUUGGCGAAUCCACACUCUUAUCAUCGUCUAUUAUCUCUCAUGCUAAAACAAAGCAACUCCCUCGAGGCCCUUCAAAUGAAACAUGGAAGAUCUCUGCUCCUCCCUUCAGAAUCUAA